AAAGGAAUUUAUAUGCAACAUGAUCUGAAUGACUACAUAAACUGCUUAUAAAAUAUCUUUUCAAAUAUAUAAGGAGAAAGAGUGAUGGUUCUCAACGCGUCUUUAUUGUUGCCCAAGUUUUUGCUAAUUUUGAAAGCUAUGAAUUGCUAAUGGGCUUACUCUUUUUUUGUGUGGAAUUUUCAGAAUUUUGGGUCGUCGGAGGAAGAACUUAGUUGCUUGACAUUUUGAGAAAGCUUGCAUUCAAGUUUGGCUCUUUGAGUAGGACUUCAGGAUUGAAGGCUGAAUUAUUGAGCUUGACUUGGGUUUAGGUAUUUCAGGAUCAUCCGUUCGACAGCACGAGCACAACUACUGCCAUUUUUCAGUCGUGAUCUGAACCACUGCAGCGCCAUAAUGGUGGAUACCGCCAUGACGACCCACGAAGCCUCCUCUUCAUCGUCCUCCAAGUCAAAACUUUGGAAUUACGACGUGUUCUUGAGCUUCAGCGGUGUAGACACACGCAAUGGUUUCACGGGCCACCUCCACAGGGCAUUAACGGACAGGGGAUACCAGGCUUAUAUUGAUGAGGACGAUCUAAAAAGAGGGGAAGAAAUACAAAAAGAACUGUUCCAGGCAAUCGAAGAAUCGAAGAUCUCUAUCAUUGUCUUCUCAAAGAGGUAUGCGAGUUCGAGUUGGUGUCUUAAUGAGCUGAUGAAGAUCAUCGAGUGCAGAGACAAACUGGAGCGCCAUGUUUUGCCAAUAUUCUAUCACGUUGAUCCUUCACAUGUCAGGAACCAGAAUGGAGUUUUAGCCCAAGCAUUUAAGAAACACAAAAAGAACAUUCGUAAAGAAAAAGAUGACAAGAAACGUGAAGAAAAACAAGAAAGGGUAAAGCAGUGGAGAAAUGCUCUUAGAGAAGCUGCAAAUUUGUCUGGCUACCAUCUUCAAAUCACUGAUAAUAGGCGCGAAGCAAAGCUUAUUAGAGAAAUUGUUGACAAGAUUAUCCCGGAAUGGCUUCCGAGCGCAGAAAAAUUACAUGUGGCCAAGCACCCAGUUGGAAUAUAUACCCGCAUUCAAGAUAUCAUCACUUAUCUUUCAAAUGGUGGAUCAGAUGUACGCAUGGUUGGAAUUUGGGGGAUGGGUGGAUUGGGUAAAACAACAGCUGCCAAAGCCAUUUAUAACCAAAUUCAUCAUAAGUUCCAGUUCAAAAGUUUCCUUGCCAACGUUAGCGAAUAUGAUCUGGUUGAUUUGCAAAGAAAACUUGUUUCUGACAUCUUGAAACAGACCGAGUCUAAUAAGAUAACCAGUGUUGAUGGAGGUAUCAGUCUGAUAAAAAAUCAUCUCCGACGUAGAAGCGUAUUUGUCAUUGUUGACAAUGUAGACAAAGUGGAACAACUAAAUGCAAUGGCUGGAAAUCGUGAUUGGUUUGGCCCAGGAAGUAGAAUUAUCAUAACGACACGAGAUGAACGUUUACUAAAGCAAGUGAACAUGAAAGUGGACAAGACAUAUCCGCUUCAAGAAAUGAAUGAAGAAGAAGCCCUGAUGCUCUUUAGUUGGCAUGCCUUUGGAAAUAGUUGGCCUAAUGAAGGAUAUCUUGAACUCUCAAAAGAGGUGGUUUCUUACUGUGGUGGUUUGCCACUAGCCCUUGAAGUUUUAGGUUCUUCUAUGACUGAAAGAACCCCAGCAGAGUGGAAAAGUCAAUUGAAGAAAUUGAAAAAAUUUCAUGAUGAAGGAAUAAUGAAACCGCUAAAAGUAAGCUUUGAAAGGCUAGAUCCUACGCAGAAGGAUAUAUUCCUUGACAUAUCUUGUUUCUUUAUUGGAUGGGAUAAGGACGAUGUCGCAAAAAUAUUAGAUGAAUGUAAGUUUUUUGCAACAAUAGGAAUCAGUAACCUCCGUGAACGAUGCCUUAUAACUGUUGAAGACAAGAAGUUGAAUAUGCAUGAUUUGCUUCGAGAAAUGGCCAAAUUAAUCAUUUCUGAAAAAUCCACUCGUCCCCCUGGAGAAUGGAGCAGGUUGUGGAUCCCUGGAGAUGUCUAUGAUGUACUAACAAAUAAAUCUGUAAGUAGAUUCCCAAAAAAAAUUUGUAUUAAUGCAUCGUACAAGAAAAGCAUAUAUGUAACCCACGUAUGCCUAUUAUACAUUAAAAAAUUCAUGUGUAAAUAUAUGUAUUUGCAUUAAGAAGCUCAAUUAGCAAAAUCACGUAAAAUAGAUGCACAUAAUCCUUUUCUUACCCAGUAUAAUGUGUUGUUAACAGGGAACUAAAGAAGUUGAAGGACUUGUUGUAAGUUUCC